AUUCAAGCGGUCAGCCGUCUGUCUCUUUUUCAAUUGAUCAAUUGAUCGUGAGCAUCGUCCGGGAAUGCCCUCCAUCUUGUGUCAACCGAUGCCAUCACUUUUGGGGGCCAGCCUACGCCGUAGACCAGUACCGACAAAUAAUACAGUAGUCUAACUAGGACGGCGCUGCUCCUGCUGGGCCCCCGAUAGCGGGAUGGAGGGGUGACAAUGUCCCCCACGCUGCGCUGCGGCUCCGGCUGCAGGGGCAGGUGCCAGUGGACAAGGUCGCUGCCAAUCAACGACGAUCAAUUUGACAACAAUCAACCCCCCCUCUUCCCCCCUCCUGGUCCUCAACCCUUGUAUUCAGGGUUGGGAAAGGGGUGACUGACUGACUGGCUGACUGACAUCCAAGCAAGACAGACAGGCAGACUGAGAGCUCCCAUGAGCUACCAAGCCACUUGAUCAUGUCCACCCGUGAGGCCCGCCAGCCUCAUUCUCAACAUGGACUCGCCAUACCGCCACUAUACGUCGUGACCGGCUUGGUCCUAUUGCGUACCCUCAAUGCAUUUUGCACGGGGCGCACUUUCUUCCAGCCAGACGAGUACUUCCAGGCUCUCGAACCAGCAUGGAACCUCGCGUUUGGGCCCAAUAGCGGUGCCUGGUUGACCUGGGAAUGGCAAUAUCAUCUGAGGUCUUCCCUCCACCCAGCCCUGUUUGCCCUCGCAUAUGCUGCCGCGGACAAGGUCAUGAGCGUGCUGUCAUGCCUGCCAGCCUUCAGAGCCUCCGUGCUGGUCGCAUUGCCCAAGCUGGUCCAGGCAUGUCUCGCGGCGCUGGCUGACUUGUACACUUGGAAGCUCGCCGAGAAGGUCUACGGCCAGGGCAGCAGGUCGGCCUGGUCCGCCCUGUGCGUGACCGUGCUCAACCCCUGGCAGUGGUACUGCUCCGCGAGGACCUUUUCGAAUUCCCUCGAGAUGACACUCACCAUAGCGGCCCUGAACUACUGGCCCUGGGAGUUGCUGGGUGACGCUGCCGAGACUCAUGGUGGCUCCCCCGCGAGACGGAACCGUCUUGCCAGCCUCCGGGUCUCCCUUUUCCUUGCCGCGAUUGCGGUUCUUUUGAGGCCCACAAACGUUUUUAUCUGGGGCACUGUAGUUCUGGUGGCUUUCACCCGCUUGACACUACGUGGGAAAAGCCCAAUCAGUUUGCGGGUAGCCCUGGUCCUCUUCAGGGAGGCUGUCUUGUGUGGGAGUGCCGGUCUGGCACUGUCUGCCAUCUCUGACCGUCUCUACUUUGGCGAAUGGACAUUCCCACCAUAUCAUUGGCUUCACUUCAACCUGAACCAGGACCUUGCUGUCUUUUAUGGGGAAAUGGCAUGGCAUUACUACCUCUCCCAAGGCAUCACCCAGCUCGCCAUGACAUUCCUGCCAUUCGCGCUCGUUGGUAUAUACAGGUCCGCGUUGUCGUCGACCUCAGGUGCCACGGCGACCCAAUCCAACGCCCUCAGAACACUGGCCUACACGGUCAUUAGCACUAUUGCGGUCUUAUCUGCGGUCUCGCAUAAGGAAGUCCGCUUCAUCUACCCACUCCUCCCAACUCUGCAUAUCCUCGCGGCCCCAUCUUUCGCCUCCUUUUUCUCUGCCGCUCCAGGCCGCCAGCCCUCCCAGGGCAGGACCGCUCUCCUUGCCGGUCUCAUAUUCGUCAAUCUUAUCAUAGCAACGUACCUCUCCCUCUUCCACGUUGCUGCACCAAUCUCCGUCAUGCACUUCCUCCGACAUGAAUACGAGCGCAUCCACCCUGACCGUCUCAAUCUUCACCUCGAGCAUCCCAUUCUCAACCACCAUCAUAGCCUCACGCAGCCAUCACCUGUCGAUGGUAGUAACGACACCGACGAGCUCUUUGCUCUCUUCCUGACUCCAUGCCACGCGACACCCUGGCGCUCACACCUCGUCUACCCCUCUCUCCGCGCGAGGGCAUUGACCUGUGAGCCCCCGCUGCACACAGCGCCUGGCAGCGUGGAGCGGGCGUCGUACAUGGACGAGACCAAGAGGUUCUUUGACGGGUUCGGCUCCAGCGACCAGUGGGGCGUCAGCUUCCUAGCGGAGGAAAUAUGGCCGCUGGCAACUGGCGGGGAUCAGUCCAAGGUUGGAGGCCGAGGUGGCGAGAUGCCGCGCUAUAUUGUUGGGUUUGAGAGCAUGGAGGUGGCCCUGACUGGAUUUCUUGACAGCGCAGACAUGGGGUGGAAAUUGAAGCGUGUUUGGAGCGGGUGGAAUGGAUUGUUUAGCGAUGAUGAGAGGAAAGAAGGGUAUCUGGCUGUUUGGGAUACCGGAGUAUAUCCAGAAUAGCAUGCAUCUUCCGUGGGGUGGUUUCACUAUAAUUGAAUGCUACAAUCACAUCAGAGACUGAAA